AUGAAGCUCACUGGUGCUCUCGUGUUGCUUGGGGCUGCCCUGCUCCUGACUUCUGGGGGAAACUGUGGCAUUUGCCCAGCUAUAAAUGAGGACCUUGCUCUUUUCCUUGGCCCGUCUGUUUCUGACUAUGUGGAUUUCGUGAGCCAGUACAGGAACGACUCUGCCACAUUGGAAGUUGCUACAAAUCUGAAGACAUGUGUUGAUAACAAGCUGACAGAGGAAGACAGGGCGAAUGUGCAGAGUUUGGUGGAGCGAGACCAGGACUUCGGGGUACCAGCGAGGCUGCUGGCCAAGAUUCUGUGCUUACCCAUUUUCCAACCUUAG